AUGAGAAAGAGAUUUCAUUUGAAUAAAUGGUACCAUUCAUUAUAUUAUUGCCUAUUGUUGAUAAGUAAGAACAAAAAUAAUAUAUAAUAGUUUCUUGGUAUAAGGUAUCCUACCUUUCAAUAAUAAAUUGGAUCUUCUACUGUAUAUUCACAUAUUACUUGGGAUAUAAAUGUAAAAUAAAUUUAUAAUUUAAAUAGUUUUAAGUGAGGAAAUACUGAAAAAGUUCAAGUUAAUAAUAAAAUGCCAUCUUAUAAUAUCAUUGAUAAUAAGUGUAUAUUUUGUAAUAGGAUUGUUUCUUAGUUUAUUAAAUAGUGAAAUACAAUUGGUAAUGAUAGAAAGAUUGAAUUUCAAUAGUGAAAUAUACAUAUUUGGAUAUGAGAGUGUAUUUGCAUUGAUAUUAUGUUAAUUAUUACUUUAUCUGACAUUGGUAGUAUUUUUAUUGUUAAUCUAUUGGAAUACUUAGAUGCCAUAAUAUGAAUGGAUAGAACAGAAUGAGAAUUAUACAUUCUAAUAGAGAAAGACUAGUUAUUUGAGAUAAUAGAGUAUAAUGGAUAAAAUUAUAAUAUUAAUAAUAGUUUAAUUAUGUUUGAAUGAUGGAUUAAUAACAUUAUUUUUAGUACUUUGUAUGUUAGUAUGGUUAGCAAUUCAUUUUCAUAUUUUGAAUAAAAGAAAUAGAUUUAGAUAUUGUUAAAUGGUAAUAAACAGUAUUAUAGUAUGUUCAUUUAUUGCAUUACUAUUAUUAAUUUUAUCAGGAUAAUAGAAAUAUAGUUUCAGUACUUUAAAUGGAACUCUAAAUAUUUAUAGAAUAUUUAAAUUAUUAAGUUUAGUAUUGAUGACUUCAAUAUUAAUAUUGAGUAUGAGAGCAUAUCAUUAUCAAUUAAUAAUAGGUGAAGAAGAAUAAAUAGAAGAUUUAGAAAAGGAAAUCUAGAAAGAUAUGAGAUUGAAGAUUUCAUCAUUAGAGAUAUUUUUAGGAGAAAAUUAUUUUGGAGUUAUUAUGAUUUUAAGUGUUUUUUGGAUUUCUAAAUAAUUUAGUAUAUUAAGAGGAUUAGUUUAUUUAAUAUUAUUAAUUGGAUAAUUAAAGAGAAAAAAUUAUAAAGCAACAAGACGUUGGUAAUGUGCAAUUGCUAUUUUAUAUUUAGCAUUUGUUCAAUUUUUCUUAUUGAAAUUAUUUAAUGUACCAUAAUUUAAAGUAAACAUUUACUUUUAAUAUUUGGGAGUAUAUGAAUAACCAUAAUUUAAUCCAAAUGAAUUAUUUGCUAUUUGGAAUUACUUUUAUAAUAGAUUUAAUAUUAUUAUGAUUGAUUUAUUCUAUAUUUUAAUAGUGAGUUGGUUAGUCUAUUCAUAAUAAACAAUAGAUGAUCGAAGACGUUAAAAGAAGAUUAAUGAUUUGGAUAGUAAAGAUCGUCCUAAUAGAGAAUAGAAUCCAAAUUGUUGGAAUAAUUUCAAAUAAAAUUUAUCAAGUUUAAAGUAUUAAGUUUAAAAGAGUUUUUUAAUUCAUUUUGAUGAAAUAGUAAUCAUAUAUUGUUUAAUAACUGCUUUAAGUCAUGCAGAUAUAUUUAGAGGAGUCUUUUUGAUAUUCUUUAUACUUUAUGUUUUUGCACAAUUAGAAAAAAGAAGGAAAUAUAUGAGAAAUCAUUUAAGCAUAGGUUAUAUUAUAUUAUUCAUAUUAUAUUCUAUGUAAUUGAUGUUUUUAGGAUCAUUAACAACACUUAAUUUUAUAUUUAAAUUUGGUGGUUUAGAUGAAGUUACUUAAUAAUUUAAAUUCUCUUUUUAUUUCAUUUAUAAAUAUUAUGAUAUAAUUAUUGGAUGUGUAUUAUUAACAUUUUAAAUUUAAGUAAUCUAAAAAAGUGAUCAUUAUUAAGAAUAUAAGAAGAAAUUAAAUGAUUAUAAUCUCGAUUAUUUAAGAUAAAUAUUAUAAAAAAAUGGAUUGAUUUUCUGUUAAAUUAUUGCAUUAAUAGUGGCCUUUAUUCCACCUGCCAAUUUAUUAUCACUCAUAUUUAUAUUCUUUUUUUAACUAUUUCUCUAUUUAUAUUACAUUCAUGGUUAACUUAAUAUAAUUAUGGAUAGAUUAUACUAAUAUUGGCCACUUAUGAUUACUCUAACAUUGAUCAUUUUAAUUGUUAGAUACACAUAUACUAUUAAAUUCUUUUACUAUUUUGUAGAAUUAUAUUUUUAAUAACCCACUCUUUUAAGUGAUUUUGGAUUAGAUCCAGAUUUUAACACACUUAAAUUAGCAGGUACUGGUAUUGCAUUAUUAGUUUUAUGUGCAUAUAAAAGAGCUUAUUUAGCACCUUUAAUAGAAUAAUAAAAAUAAUAGAAAUAAAUUUACAAAAAAGAUACUCUUACAUAUUAUUUCUAUUGUUUUUACAUUAAACUUUGUGUAUAUAGUGUUUAUCAUAUAUAAAAAGUAACUUUCAUGUUUUCAUUCUUCAUUUCUGUAUACUAAUAAAGUUACAUAGGCUUUUUAUUUGCAAUAAUGAUUUUCUUAAUUAUGCUUAAUGAAAUGAAUAAUAAUUGGCAAAAUAUAUCUAUACCUAUUUUGGUUAUCAUAUUCAUUUAGAUCCUUAUUCAAUAUAUAUUCUAAGCAGAACUACUCAGAAAUGCUUAAGGUUAAGAAACUAUCUCUUGGAUUGGAAUUGAAAAUCAAUAUCAAAAUAAAUAUUGGUAUUUACUAAUUAUGUUUCAUCUAUCAGAAAUGCUUUAAGUUUUAAAUGUAAUGUUUAAAUAAUAAGUAAAUGAUUAUUUAUCAUUAUUCCUAAUAUCUACAGACAGAGAAAUCAUUAAUCUUAAUUUACUUUAAUAAUUAUUACAUUCAUUACAAUAAAAUAUCAUUUAAGAGUAAAAUAGUAUUGAAUCAGAAGCCUCAUAAUAAUAAUAAAUUGAAUUAUAAGCAAAAGAUGAAAAUUCAUAGGAAUCUAUUUUUUAUGAUGAAUUAGAUGAAUAAAAUGAAAGAUUUAUUAAAAUUUAAAAUUAUUAUUCUUAUAAAUCAAAUAUGCAAUAAGAAUAAUUUUAUUAUAGAAUUUAUCCCUUUUAUAGAGCACUUAAAUUUCAUUAAUCAAUUGAUAAUCUGUUUACUUAAAUUGGAUUGGAAGUAUGUUUAUUCUUUAUUGUCAUUACUGCAUAUUAUCAAAGGAAUUUCUUUUCUGUUUUUUACAUAGUUGUUGCAAGUGCAUUUGCAAAUAAAUCACAUUUAUUAGAUAGACAUUCUAAAUUAGGUAAUUUUGGAAAAGCAUGGGGAGCAUUAUGUAUAUUAUAAAUGUUGGAAGUUAUUAGAAAAUAUGCUACAUUAUAAUGGACUCCUCCAUCAUGGGAUGUUCGUAAACCAUGGUGGUAUUUUAGUUACUCUUGUGAUCCUAGAGGAAAAGAGUCUUUUAAUAAUGAUGAUCCUGAUGAUUCUACAAGUGAUUUUAUGAAAUGUCAAACAGAUUGGAAUUAUUGGUUAUCUUUAUAAGGAUAUACUAAUUGGGAUUUAUGGAUUAAUUUCAUUGCUUUACUCAUUUCUUUAUGUUAUUAUCGUCAUUUCAAGACUGUUUAAAGAAGAUAAUAAGAAUAGGAAAUUGAUGAUUAUUUACAUCCUGAAAGAGAAGAGAUAUAAGCAAAUAUGAUGGAUAAAAAUGAUUUCACUUAUGAAGAGAAUAGAACAAAAAUAAUGGAUUUCAUAAAGUUUUUCGUGUUUUGUUAUUUCUAUAAAUUUGCUUUGAUUAUAUUUUUAUUGAUAGGAAUGUCAUCAGAUAUUGAAUCAUAUACAGAAGUGAUUUCUUGUAUUUAUUUCUUUUUAGCAAUAAAUUUAUUAUAUAUGAGUGAGAAAUUAGAGAAGGAGAGAAAUAUAAUUUGGAGUAAAUUAAUAUUAUUUAAUACAAUUGUAAUGAUAGCAAUGUCAUUAUAUUAAGCUCCAUUUAUUAAAUGUCCAAUUAUAUAUGAAAAUGAUAGAUAUUAUUAUGAUAAUAUGGAAUGUGUAUAGAUUUAACUUAAUAAUCAUUAUUAUAAUAGUGAUUUUUUUAUCUUUUUAUAAGAUGAAUUUUAAUUGUUAGCAAAAUAAACUAAUGAUGUAUUAAAGAAGUAUGAAGGAGUAUCAACUUUAGAUGUAAUUUAUAUGUUCUUAUCUCAUCUUUUAGGUUUGAAUAAAACUUUAGAGUAUUAAAUUUAUAAUUAAUAUUAGUUUUCGAUUUGGUUUUAGUAAGGAAACAUUGAUGGCAUUCUUUUUUUUGCUUGGUUUAAUAUAAAGAAAUAUUUGGGCACAUCCUUAUAUGAAAUAAUAUGUUGAUCCAUAUUUAUAGAGAAUAUAAUAAUAAUAGAAAAUUAGUGCUAUUUAAUUAAUAGAAGGAAUACAUUUGAAAAGAAUUUGGGAUUUUAAGUAUGUGUAAGCAUAAAAAUAAGUACAUGAAAGUUUACAAUAGAGAGUUUAAAAUAGAGUAGAGAAAUGGGAUAAUUUCUUUUAAUUUGAUGAUAAUAAUAGUUUGAAAAAGAAGAGUUUUUUUUAUUUGACUCCAAGAAGAGAAGAAUAAUUUUAGAUUAUUUAAUUUGCUGAAGAACGAUCAGAAGAUAAUUAAUAACAUACAAGUUUUGAUUCUGAAAAGUUUUAAGGUUUUAAAGGUGAACCUAAGAAAUUGAUAAAAGCAGAAAAGAUUACUUAAUAAAAUAAGGCACCAGUAAUACAUUUAUAUGAUGCUUGUUGUAUUGUUAAAUAUUCAAUAAAUGAAAAAGAUUUAAGAUUGAGAUUAAAGAAAUUGAAAUUAUUAGAAGAGAAAAGAUAAUUGGAGAAAGUGUAUUUGAAUGAUAGAAUAGGAUUAAUAAAUUAUCAUGUAGGAGUAAUUGAUGAAAUUGAUAGAAAAAUUAUUUAAGUAGAUAAUGAAAUAGGUUAAUUAUUUAAAGUAUAAUAAUUAAGAAAAUCUACAUCAAUGAGAGAUAUUAAAAUGAUACCAUUUGAAGAAUUCAAAGAUGAUCGUAAAUCUUAUGAAAUUCAUAGUGAAAGAGAUGAAAGAGAAUAAUAAAUAUCAGAAGAACAAAGUGCAAAAGAUUUUAAGAAAUCUGAAGAUGAUAAAUCAGAUGAAGAAUCUUCUAUUAUAUAACCAUAAAAAUCAUUUUCAGAAAAAUUAAAAGAUUUAAUUAUCUAUAUACUUACUCAUGAAACUUAUAUAAGAGAAUAAGAAUAAUAAUAAAAUGAAAUAGAUAAAAAGAAAUUGUCAGUCUUAAUAUUUGUUUUUGUUGCACAUUAUUUUUAAGUAGUUUGUGUUUUAUUGAUGGUAUUUAAUGCUUGUUUUAAUGCCAAUAUCAUUGCAUUAUUUUAUCCAUUUUCAGCCUUUCUAUAUGGAUUAUUAGAAAAUCCUGUACCAUCUAAAAGAUAUUGGAACUUCUUACUAAUUUAUACUAUUAUAAUAAUUUCAUUGAAAUUCAUAUAUUAAAUGCCUAUCUUUUGUGAUUCACCUCCAUAUACAUUUAUAGGAUUCUCUUAAGAAGAAGCAUGUGAACCUAGAGUUACUACAUAAUAAGAGAAAAUCACAAGAAUUGAUUAUGUUAUUGGUAUUCGAAAAUAUUAAGGAGCUGAAACAUUUAUGAAUGCUAUUUGGAUUGAAUUAAUAUUAUUUAUCGCUUUAUUAAUUCAGAGGUAUUUAUUAUAAUCUUAAGGAAUAUGGGAUUAUAUGAAAUUAUCAUUAGAUUAAUAUUUCAUACCUUAAUUUAAAUAAAAAGUAGAUGAUAAAUCAAGUGAACAUCAAUAAUAAGAAUCUAGUUCUAAAGAAUCUGAAUAAGAAAGUGAUGAUUUCUCAGAAAAUCAUUAAGUUUAAGAAUAAUAAAAAGAAUAAUAGACAAUUAUGAUAUCUAUUUAAGAUACAUUUACAUCAGUUUGGUAAUAAAUAGUCAAGUAUUAUUAUCGUUUAUUUCCUCAUGCUUUAUCUUCUAUUUAUAAUCAAAGAAAAUAUGAUCCAGUAACUAAAUAGAUGAUUAUUAAAGAUGGAGUAGUUUUACCAGAAUAAAUUAAAGUAGGUAGAGAUUUCUAUGCACCAGGAUUUAUUAUUUGUUUAAUUAUUUUAGUAUAUUUCCUAUUAUUUUAUCCCAAUAUAAUAGCUAAACGAAGUUAUGCUCAUAUAACAUAAGGAUAAAGUCAAAGAUUUUCAUCUGAAGUAAUAUUUGUACUUUUAGUUGUCAUUAUUAUUAUAAUUACUGAUAGAGCAUUAUUUAUAAUGAGGAAAGUGACUAAAGAUCCAAGAAAUGAUAAAUAAAAUUAAAGUGGAAAUGAUAUUCAGAAAUAUACAUUAAUGAUUAAAGUAGCCAUUUAUUUCAUUUUAAUCAUUGUUGUUCAUUAUUACUUUUUUUUUGUUAUACCAUAAAAAACUAAUAAAAGUAUUAUUUAUUUAAUUAUUAUUUUAGGAUUUUAAGAAUCAUAUUAUUUAAUAUUUGCAUAUAUUCUAGUUUGUAUAUAUUUUAUGAUUUCAUCUGUUUAGAUUAGAUAUGGAUAUCCUAUAUAAAAGUAUUCAUAAAUAUUUACUAAUUCUCAUAAACCAGCUAAUUCAAUGGCAUUUAAAAUAUAUAGAAUGAUUCCCUUUUUAUAUGAAUUAAGAGUUAUUAUUGAUUGGACAUUUACUACUACAGCAUUAGAUUUAAUAUAAUGGUUUAGACUUGAAGAUAUCUUUGCUAAUUUAUAUAUAUGUUAAGCUUAUUAAGAUUCUCGUAUUGAAAAUCAUAAAUUAGGUGAUCCAAGAUCAUCAUCUGAUAAAUGUUUAAAUGGAUGUCUUUAUUCUAUGUUUAUUGUUUUUAUUAUUAUCUUACCAAUUCUAAUUUUUAGUACAUUAAAUCCAGCAGUAGAAAUUAAUAAUAUAACAAAUGGUAAAUUUAGUAUUAAAGCUGCUUUCUUUGGUUAAGAUGAUAAAUUAUUCUUUACAUUAUUUUAAGUAAAUGAUUUAGAAUUAUUGGAUAUACCAAAUGAACAAUUUAAAAAAAUAUAAAAAAUAUAUGGUGAAAUUGAAACAUCAUGGUAAGAAAGAAUGUAAAAAGUAAGAAUCAAAAGAUUUAGUGAUCUUGAAUGGAAUCUCCCUGAAAAUUAUAGAGAUUAAAUUAGAAAUAUGAUAAAAUCAUAAGAAUAUUAAGUAGAAAUCUAAUGUGAAUGGGUAUUUUAAAAGAGUGAUAGUUAAGGUGGUGCAAAAUCAUUUACAGGUUAAUCUAUUGUAUAAGCACCUGAUACUUUUGUUAAUAAUUUUGGUAAGAUCUUAGCUCCUAGAGCACCAGAUGCAGUAUUUGACAUAAAAGUAUUAGUACCAAAAUUCUUAUAUGUUGGAGAAUCUGCUGAAACUCAAGCAUUACGAUUAGAACCAGUUAAUAUAAGAGAAGAAAUCAGUUAUUAUUAAGAUAUUCGUUUGAUACAUAAGAAAACAAGUGAUUUUGUAUUUUUUGAAUUAGUACCUAAUGAUGAUUCAACAGAUUUAAAAUAAAUAGGAGGUAUAUUUAAUAUAUUUAAUAUUAUAUAGCAUCAUCAUAAAAUAGAGUAGAAUUCUUUGUAUUAAAUGAAUUAGCAUUUGGUAGUUUAAUAGGAGCAUUAUCAACAAAUAUGUCAAUAAUAAGUAUAUAUGCAACAUUUGUGUUGACAAUUGGUAGAUUUUUGAGAUUUGCAUAUGACAAAAUAAGUACAAGAGUAAUGUUUGAAGAGAUGCCAGAAACAUAUGAAUUAUUUGAUUUGUGUUAAAGCAUAUACAUAGCAAGAGUAGAUGGAGAUUUUUUUAAGGAAGAAAUAUUUUAUGAAUUAUUAAUUAGGAUAUAUAGAAGUCCAGAGAUACUAUUUAAAAUGACAGGUGCUUCAAUAUAUGAUAGAUAAAAGAAAUGA